AUGUUGCCAGAAGCACUUCUUCUGGUGACUCUUUUGAACAUGAAUGUUGCAUCAUCAUCAUCCAAUAUCAUCAAAACCCUUCCCGGCUUUCGCGGUGACCUCCCCUUUAAGCUUGAAACUGGGUACGUGGGAGUGGGCAGCAUGGAUGAUGUGCAGCUGUUUUAUUACUUCUUUGAGUCUGAAGGGAGUCCAGAGUAUGAUCCUCUUGUGCUUUGGCUCACUGGAGGUCCUGGUUGUUCUGCCUUCUCUGCCAUUGUAUAUGAAAAUUUAGGUCCAUUAUCCUUUGACUCUGCACAUUCCAUUGGCAACAAGCCAAAAUUAAAGUUGAAUCCAUAUUCAUGGACAAAGGUUGCCAACAUAAUAUUUUUAGACGCACCUGUGGGCACAGGAUUCUCAUAUACAAAAAACUGGGAAGGAUAUACCAAUCUCAAUGACACAAUAUCAGCCGCACAAACAUAUCAAUUUCUUAGAAAGUGGCUUAUGGAUCAUCCCAAGUUCUACAAUAAUCCACUUUAUGUUGUCGGAGAUUCUUAUUCCGGCAUAAUUGUUCCUAUCGUUGUUAAGGAAAUAUCAGAUGGUAAUCGUAAUGAACAUGUGCCACCAAUGAAUCUCAAAGGAUAUGUGCUUGGCAAUCCAGUGACAGAUUCUGAAAAGGAUGAGAAUUCCAGAGUGCUAUUUUCUUACCUAAACACACUUAUAUCAGACGAGCUAUACCAGUCAACGAAAAGAAACUGCGAGGGAGACUAUAUCAAUGUGGAUCUAAACAACUCGUUAUGUGUGAGUGAUCUUGAACUUUACAACGAGAUAUUGGAAUCUUCAUGUGCUAUGCCAUCAUUAAAAUCAGCGCGGUCAAAGUGGUAUGCAAACGAUCUCAGUAAUAAGGACUCUGUAAAUCUCCUCCUUUCUUUUCCUCAACUCCAUAGGCCAUGGUGUCGGCAUUACGAUUAUAUCUUCACUUAUAUUUGGGCAAAUGACAAAACUGUCCAAGAUGCUCUUCAUAUUCAAGAGGGAAGCAUUAAGGAAUGGUCAAGCAGAAAGUCUUAUUUGUCACCAAUCCAUGGAGUUAUAAUGGGAGGGAACAUUCAAGGAGCCGGUCACACAGCUCCACAGUACAAACCUGAAGAAUGUCAUGCUAUGAUUAGUAGGUGGUUCGCAUACUACCCGCUGUAG